CUGGUUCAGCUUGAGCAGUGGAUAAAUACCCAUCUCAGCAGCUCAAGAAUCAGCAACACUGAGCAUGAAGCCAAUGGGAUCGAAAAUCCAGGUAGCCAUUCCAAUCUUCAACAACAUCACUGUGUUGGAUGCAAUUGGGCCGUAUGAAGCGCUCCAUCGCCUCCCGGGAGUGAGCGUUACCUUCGUGAGCGACAAGCCGGGCCUCGUUGUUGCAGACGAAGGCAGAUUCAAGAUUGAAGCAAGCGCCAGCUUUGAAGAUCUGCCCAAUCCUGACAUUCUGCUAGUUCCAGGAGGCACUCCCAAGCUCCUGCCGUUAGAUCACAAGCCACUCCUCGACUACAUCCGCAAGGCUCACGAAUGCACAACAUUCACCACUUCAGUGUGCACUGGAGCUCUGAUCCUCGGCGCGGCGGGAUUGCUCAAGGGCGUGAAAGCCACGACGCACUGGGCCGCGUAUCCGCAGCUUAAGGAAUAUGGUGCCAAGGUGACGAGCCAGAGGUACAUCAAGCAGGGAAAGAUCGUGACCGCUGCAGGAGUUUCUUCAGGGAUCGACAUGGCCAUCUACUUGGCCUCGAUCAUCACGAAUGAGAAGAUUGCCAAAGCGGUGCAGCUGAUGAUCGAGUAUGAUCCGCAGCCGCCAUACGAUGCUGGUUCUCCUUGCAACGCCGGGGAGGAGAUUGUCAAGCUUGCCCAUGAGCUGUGGAUCGAUAAUCCCAAAUAAUCCCAUCUCUUCUUGAAUGCAAAUCGUCUUAUCAAUGAUUAGUAAUAAAUUUUAAAUCCUUAGUAA